AUGCUCUUCCGCUUAUAUCAUCCGACGAACGUCGGAGGAGGAGCCAAACCUUGCCGUCGCUUAAUCUCGUCACUAUCAUCCUUCUUUCAAUCGAACACCAAAAGAAGCAAACUUGAACUUCAAGUGUACCGACAAUGCAAGACUGGUAAACUAAACCUUGAAGAUGCUCUGCUUUACUUCGACAAGCUUCUACAGACAAAACCCAUUCCUUUGAUUGAUACAUUCAAUCACUUGUCCGGCUCAAUGAUGAAGCUUCAAGGAUCUAAGGAAGUGGUUUCGAUGUAUAAGAGGAUGUUGAGACACGAGGAGGGUGUUAUUAUCGAGCCUGAUUUGUGUACUUUGAACAUUUUAAUUAACGUGUUUCGUCAUUUGAAGCAGUUUGAUUCUGGGUUUUGUGUUCUGAAUGAUAUGAUUAAGAGAGGGUUUGAGCCUGAUUUGGUAAAAGCUGACAGUUUGGUGCUUUGUUUGUGUUCCCAAGGGAGAGUGAUCGAUGCACUUCAAGUGUUUCAUAAAAUGUCUCAGAGAGGUGUUAAGGUUGAUGCUUCUCUCUACGCUACUCUUAUUGUUAAGCUCUGUGAGAUUGGCGAGACUGGUGUUUCUCUAGGUUUGCAUAGAAGGAUGAUUGCUUCCGGUUGUAAGAGUGAUGUGGUUAUCUACAGUUUCGUAAUCGGCUCUUUCAUUAGGAACAAGUCACUCGACGAAGCUAUGGCAGUGUUUGAAGAGAUGACUGAGAAUGGAGUGUCUCCUGAUAUAUUGGCUUUUAGGAAUCAUUACUGCACUGAAUAA